AUGUUCCCAACAAGAGUUUUGAGAAGCACGCUGCAAAAACUUCCACACAGAGAAACCGUUCCAAUGGCUUACGAUUUACACAUGCCACAGCGCUCUCUGUUCCAAAACCUGAAUGAAAAACAUACAGAGCCAAUUGUCUUUCUUCAUGGCAUCUUUGGCUCGAAGAAAUCGUAUGAAUUGGACUCGAAAAUGAUCGCACACGGUACUCAUACCCCGGUUUACACUGUCGAUAUUCGCAACCAUGGUCAAACGUCACAUGCCAUGCCGUUCAACUACGACACUUUGGCACAGGAUGUCAAGGAGUUUUGUCACGUCCAAGGCCUGAAGAGCGUGAAGCUUGUGGGUUACUCAUUAGGUGCAAAGAUCUCUAUGCUCGCUGCUUUGAAAUAUCCAGAAUUGGUUAAGAGUGCAGUUAUCAUCGACAAUGCCCCCGUGAAACAGCCAUACAUUGAGCUGUACAUGAAACAGUAUGUCAAGAGCAUGCUUCAUGUUCUCGAAGAGGCAAAGAUCAAAACCACUGAUAAAGACUGGAAAAACAAGGCCUCUGAUGCGAUGAAGAAGUUUUUACCAAACGGAGUCAUUAGAAAGAACCUACUCGUCAACCUGGUCAACAAGAAGCCCGAUGGCUUUGAGUCUCCAGUGGUUAACUUUGACGAGGGAUUAAUCCAGUUUUUGAAUCCGAUUCGCCAGAUGGAAGAAGCUGCUGUAAAAGAUGUUACUGAUUGGCCAGAGGAAUCCACAGAGGGGUUGAAGUACAAUGGUCCAGUGAAGUUCAUCAAGGGACUGAAGUCUCCAUUCAUCAAUGAAGAAGGAAUGACAAAGAUUCAGGAUAUUUUCCCGAAUAAUGAAUUCGCCAAUGUUAACUCCUCACACGACAUCUUGGACCAAAGACCAACUGAAUACGUCAAGAUCAUCUGUGACUUCUUCAACGCUCAUAGAUAUGAGAGUGCACCUUCAAAUACAAUCAUAGGGCACAAGGACUUUAAGACUACGAUAGAUAUGAGAGUGUAA